AUAGGUUAUGCCGUAUUUUCGAAAAUUUCGCGCCUUUCAGUUUCCAUCAGAUUACUCUUUUACUUUUCAUGGUUUUUAGUAUAAUUUCAUAGUUUUCAGUAUAAUUAUGAGUGAAAAUGAUGAUAUUGAUAUGGAGCUAUUGGAUAAUACAUCCGACAAACUAGGAGAAGAAAAUGACGAAAUAAUAUCGGAACAUACCAGUUCUUCUAAUAAUAAACUAGUAGAAACACUUUCUAAAGAAACAGAAACAACCGAAAGUGUGGAGACCGACAUAGUCUCAGAGAGUCUAUCUGAAGAUAUUGAAAAUAAAUCUAAACAAAAUAGUAGAUUACCUCUAGCGCGUAUUAAACAAAUGAUGAAAUUCGAUACCGAUUGUUCUCUAAUUAGUCGAGAAGCUCUGAUAUUGGUAUCUAAAGCAACAGAGCUGUUCAUACAAUAUCUUGCAAAAGAAUCUGUUAGAUAUACUCUAAAUAAUAAGAAAAAAACUGUGUCAAAAAGGGAUGUCGAAGCAGCAAUUGAAUGUGCCUCUAAUUUGUGUUUUCUUGAUGGAGCUCUGGAUUGGGAGUAACUUCAUUUUAUAAAUAGAUUGUAAUUUGUUAUGUAUAUAAUUUCAUUAAUAUUUUUAAGUUGUUGUUUUAAUCCUGUUAGAAUAGUUAUAACGUUUUAGAAGUUUUCCUCAAAAUCUCAAAAAUACACAGAUCAACAAAAUUGAUUGAAAGCAUGAUUUAAUUGUACAAGCUUGUUCAAAUUCAAUGAUCAGCAAAAACAAUACAUUUCACUUAAGGUUACAUUAAAAUAAUUACAUAUCUUUCCUUGAA